AUGGAUGAUAAACAAAUAACUACAAAAAAAACCAAAAAACAAGCCAAAGUCAAGACAAUACCUGGAAUAUCUAAAUAUUAUCUAUGGCAGUGGCCUAUUGAAGGUCCAUUUGCAGAAUACAUUUUGGCACAAUUAAUGCCUUUUAUUGGCAAACCUAUACCAAUUUUCCCAUCUGCUAUUAGUAAUUCAUGUCAUAAAGAAAUAAUCCAACCUAAUUCAAAAAUUUUAAAUCAUACAACACCUACUUCAAAAUGGAUGAUGCUGAUUCCAAUACUAGAUAAUAAUACUGAAAUGUCAAAUAUUACAAAUCAACUGAACUUUUGCAUGGAAUAUAAGAUAAAUUAG